AUGAAAGUUGGUAUACAGCUGUUACAAGAAUACUGCGAUUUGAUUAUAAUGGCAACAAGAGUUCCACUACUUGCUGCAGGAGGUCCUUUAAUCUUCCGUCAAUUAUUUGAAAAAGUCUCAUGUACAUACACAUAUUUAUUGGCUGAUGCCCGAACCAGAGAUGCUGUGUUAAUCGAUCCUGUCUUAGAAACUGUUGAGCGAGAUACUAAAGCUCUAAAUCAAUUGAAUCUUAAACUUGGUCCUAUAAUUAAUACUCACCUGCAUGCAGAUCAUGUCACUGGUAGUGGAUUGUUGAAACGAAUUCCUGGUUCUUACAGUGUACUUGGUCAUUAUGAUGGGGCUAAAUCUGAUAUGAAGAUACGACCUGGGGAUCGUAUUAAAUUUGGUAACUUUGAAUUAGAAUGUCGUAGUACUCCAGGACAUACAAUAGGUUGUAUGACUUUAGUAUUACAUUCUGCUGGUAUUGCAUUUACUGGUGAUGCUUUACUGAUUCGAGGUUGUGGAAGAACAGAUUUUCAAGGUGGAUCAGCUGAAACACUCUACGAAUCAGUACAUUCACAAAUUUUUAGUCUUCCAGAUGAUUAUAUCUUAUUUCCUGCACAUGAUUAUUUAGGCAAUACGAUGACAACUGUUGGCGAGGAGAAAGCACAUAAUCCUCGACUUACAAAAUCCAAACAAGAAUUUGUUAAAGUUAUGAAUGAAUUAAAUCUACCGAAACCAAAACAAAUGGAUCGUGCUAUCCCGCUAAAUUUGAAAUGUGGUGUCAAUGAUGAAUAG